AUGAGCACCAAACGGAGUAAUAAUCGUGUUGGUAAAGAGAGCAAAUUAGUGAGGUACAUAAAAGGGCCUAUCCGAAUCCUGGCCCGAGCACGUGAUUUCUACGUCACCAGCCUCACUGGAUGCGCCGACCAAGUAGCCUACGCCGGCGCCACCUUCCAGCCGGCGGCCCUGCCCAGAAGUUUCAGCACUUCGUCAGCUCACGACACGACGGAGCUCAUCCGGAUCGCGUCUGCUCGCGCAAAAUCGGAGGCAGAGCUCCUCCGGAUGAAGAAGCGCAGCCGCUCGGUGGUAAUCGGUAGGAUUGAUGAGGACGCGCCGUGUGAAUUCGACGGCGCUGGGCGCCCAGGCCUCGAAUGGCUUGAUAGGGUCGUCAACCAUUUUGGCGUCGUCUGUAGGAACUUAAAAGUCUUCAAACACCGUGGUUCAUGGCGAACAAUGAUCCUAAGAGAAAUUUGGAGUCCACCUACGACGAGGUUGGGUCUCCAAGCGACCAUUUGGAGCAGGCCCGCCAUUAGGCUUCUCAAGGUCGAGCCAAACGCCAUUGAUCCUGAUGGUCCAUCCUUUAGGUUUAGCCUAGUUUUAGCAUGGUUCACCGGCGACUCCUCUAUCAGUUGGAGGACAGAUCAACUAGCUUAG